GGGAUUGGGCGGUAUCCUGCCAGCUGCAUCUCAACCAAAAAAAGAGGCAGUAAAAAGCUACUAGAACCCCUGCAUCAGCACCGGUCGGGAAACUACCGUAGAUAAUAAUACGGUGGCUGGUCAAUGAAUGGCAUGGUUGAAGAACUAAACCGGUGAAUGACCGUGUAAUUGCAUUACUGUGCUGAGGACGCUCCCAGUCUAUUGCCUGCAAACUGCUGGUAGUCCAAGCCAUGUUGUGGUUGUGGCCCCUGCUCCCUGCCCUGGUACUCUUUUCUGUGUUGUCUGUGGUUCGAGUACAGACUGCACCAUGCCAGACCUGCCGCAAGCUCACUGACAGCUUCAUCAAGGGACUGGAUAAAACAUCCAAUAAGAAUUUUGGGGGUGGCAACACUGCUUGGGAGGAAGAAAAUCUGGCUAAAUAUGCUCGCAGUGAAACCAGGUUGCUGGAGAUAGUGGAGGCAGCGUGUGAGAAAUCUGACUUUGACUGUAACAAACUGCUGGAGCAGAUAGAGGACCAAGUGGAGACAUGGUGGUUCCACCGGCAGCAAGAGGCUCCAGACCUAUUUGAGUGGUUGUGUAUAGAGGAGCUCCCGCUCUGCUGUCCCCCGGGACGUUUUGGACCAGACUGCAAAGAGUGUCUGUCUGGUCCUGGAGGGGUGUGUGGUGGUCUGGGCCGCUGUGAGGGAGAGGGCACGCGUCUGGGAGAUGGAGAGUGCGUGUGUGACCCGGGGUACUUCGGUCAGCUGUGUCAGAGCUGUGCAGACGGCUAUUACAGAGAGAAAACCUCCAAUCACAGCACACCAGCCUGCGCAGCAUGCUACCGCUCUUGUAAAAAGUGCUCGGGGCCAGAGAACUACAAAUGUCUGGAAUGCAAACCUGGGUGGCUCUUCCAUGACAACAAGUGUGUUGACAGUGACGAGUGUGGCACAGAGCUGGCUCGAUGUUCCUCCAACACCUAUUGCCACAACACAGAUGGAUCGUACGAGUGCAGAGGCUGUGACCAGGCAUGUGUGGGCUGUAUGGGCAGUGGUCCAGCCCGCUGUAAGAAAUGUGCUCGGGGAUACAAGCUCAGAGGAGCCAAAUGUCUCGAUGUGGACGAGUGUAGUGAGCGGGCGAUAGCAUGUCCAGGGCUGAAUGAGGCGUGUUUCAAUGACGAGGGGUCCUUCCGCUGUGAAUGUGCUGACGGCUUCAUUCGUAGAGACAGCAUCUGUGUGGAGAACCAGCCGCUGAGUGGUCCAGAGAAGGGUCUGUUUGAUGACAUGACUGACGACGAGGUCCUGGUCCUGCAGCAGAUGUUCUUUGGCGUGGUCAUCUGUGCCCUGGCAACGCUCGCCGCCAAGGGCGACAUGGUCUUUACCGCCAUCUUCAUCGGGGGCGUGGCCGCCAUGGCCGGAUACUGGCUGUCGGAGAAGGGCGACCGCAUGCUGGACGGCUUCCUAAAGGGACGCUAGCCUGUCAGGAGCUAGGGAUACAGGAAAGAGGAAGGAACUCUUGAAUGCAAGCCAAUGAGGGCGACAAAGACUGAGGGGUGGGACGGCUACAGGAAUGCUAGCCAAUCAGGGAUGUACUAUACUACUUUGGGGGUGUUGGCUUGGGAUGAUUGUGGGUCUUCUGGAUUGUUGUGGAUUGUGACCCUUUAAGAUGAUAGAGGGAGAUGAAUAAGAGACCUUGGAGCUUAGUCAAAUUAGAGAGCUCAAUGGAGGAAUGAAUACAGAAGACCGGGUACUACUUGAUCCAAGAACACUGAAAAGACACUAAGGACACUGGACUGUCUUUCUGCACUGAUAAGGGAGACCAAAACACAAGCCUCUUGCCUCAACUCAUGGGGUAGAAAAGGGAGGGAGUGCAGGUCGGAUAAGACCACUACUGAUUGUUAUUAUGCAUUUGUAUCAUCCCAACCCUAACUUCUUAGCUACCCCUCUUACCUCAUCAGUAUUCUACUGUUCCAUCAUUUCACCUUAUACCGAGGAACAUAGGUGUUUCCCUGGUAAUGGAAGGUGCUAUGGGAUGGUCAGUGGGGUGUUGAAGCACUAACGACUGCUGCUAUAGUGGACAUGAGAAAUGUUUAGGAAAGGACAGAUGUGUCCUGUCGCACCAGUGAAAUUAUGUCCAAUGUUAUAACACUUUAUAAUCGCGUCCCUAUUAGGACUGUGUGUUUUUGCACAAGCUUAUUCUUACUGUAUGAAUGCAUGAGAAAGGCAAUUACUGUAUGUAUUUAUUAUCCUGAUAGGCAUGAAAGACUGAGCUUUAUAGAGCUGCUUGUUUCCCCCUUAAACUGUUCAACCGGGAUACAAGGAUCAUCACUUCUGUGUCACCACCCCAAACCCUACUGCCUGAGCAGUGUGCAUGAGAUAUCAAGAGUAAAAGGCAGCAGUCCUAGUGAAGAUGUCACCCAUUUUAUUGGUUUGCAAUAAUUCAUUUCUGAACAUCUUUUUUUUCUCAAAAACCUUUUUCAGAAUCUGAUAUGCGUGUGUGAUCAGCACCAGGUAAAAUGGGGUAAUGUACAGUCAUGGCCAAACGUUUUGAGAAUGACACCAAUAUUAAUUUUCAGUCUGCUGCCUCAGUUUAUAUGAUGGCAAUUUGCAUAUACUCCAGAAUGUUAUGAAGAGUGAUCAGAUGAAUUGCAAAGUCCCUCUUUGCCAUGCAAAUGAGCUGAAUCCCCCAAAAAUAUUUCCACUGAAUUUCAGCCCUGCCACAAAAGGACCAGCUGACAUCAUGUCAGUGUUUCUCUCGUUAACACAGGUGUGAGUGUUGAUGAGGACAAGGCUGGAGAUCACUCUGCCAUGCUGAUUGAGUUCGAAUAACAGACUGGAAGCUUCAAAAGGAGGGUGGUGCUUGGAAUCAUUGUUCUUCCUCUGUCAACCAUGGUUACCUACAAGGAAACACAUGCCGUCAUCAUUGCUUUGCACAAAAAGGGCUUCACAGGCAAGGAUAUUGCUGCCAGUAAGAUAGCACCUAAAUCAACCAUUUAUCAGAUCAUCAAGAACUUCAAGGAGAGCAGUUCAGUUGUUGUGAAGAAGGGCGCUCAAGAAAGUCCUCAAGAAGGACCGGCUCCUAAAGUUGAUUCAGCUGCGGGAUCUUGCUCAGGAAUGGCAGCAGGCAGGUGUGAGUGCAUCUGCACGCACAGUGAGGCGAAGACUUUUGGAGGAUGGCCUGGUGUCAAGAAGGGCAGCAAAGAAGCCACUUCUCUCCAGGAAAAACAUCAGGGACAGACUGAUAUUCUGCAAAAGGUACAGGGAUUGGACUGCUGAGGACUGGGGUAAAGUAAUUUUCUCUGAUGAAUCCCCUUUCCGAUUGUUUGGGGCAUCCGGAAAAAAACUUGUCCGAAGAAGACAAGGUGAGCGCUACCAUCAGUCCUGUGUCAUGCCUGCAGUAAAGUAUCCUGAGACCAUUCAUGUGUGGGGUUGCUUCUCAGCCAAGGGAGUGGGCUCACUCAAUUUUCCCUAAGAACACAGCCAUGGAUAAAGAAUGGUACCAAUACAUCAUCCGAGAGCAACUUCUCCCAACCAUCCAGGAACAGUUUGGUGACGAACAAUGCCUUUUCCAGCAUGAUGAAGCACCUUGCCAUAAGGCAAAAGUCAUAACGAAGUGGCUCGGGGAACAAAACAUAAAUAUUUUGGGUCCAUGGACAGGAAACUCCCCAGACCUUAAUUAAUCCCAUUGAGAACUUGUGGUCAACCCUCAAGAGGCGGGUGGACAAACAAAAAAACACAAACUCCAAGCAUUGAUUUUGCAAGAAUGGGCUGCCAUCAGUCAGGAUGUGGCCCGCCAUCAGUCAGGAUGUGGCCUAUAAAUUAAUUGACAGCACACCAGGGUGGAUUGCAGAGGUCUUGAAAAAGAAGGGUCAACACUGCAAAUAUUGUCUCUUUGCAUCAACUUCAUGUCAUUGUCAAUAAAAGCCUUUGACUCUUAUGAAA